AGAGAGAUAAAAAGUGUUUCGAGGGGUGGAAGUCGAAUGUUUUAUAAACGGGGAACAACAGUGUGCGGAAGACAGUUGCGUUCAUAAUGUCGUGCAGGAUAUUCCUCGUAGUGCUGGCGACAGCCACAUUGUGCAGCCUCUUGGUGGACUCGUGUGAUCAAAUCAACAUCUGCUCUCAGGAGCAGUGUAAAACUGCUCCCUUGUGCCGAUCGAACCAAGAUGAUGUGCGCAAAUGUGUAAAGCAUCAGGAAGGCGGAACGACUUGCUACUGCUUCCCUCACUGCGUAAAGAACAUUAAUAAAUGCCAAAGAAGUACGAGAUGUCACCAUGUCCGUUGUGCGUACUACCCGUCCAAUGCCACGCAUACAUGGGUCUAUCCAACUGGAAACUGCAACUGCUGCGGUGCAUUGAUCGAUAACUGUCAACUGCACCAACUGAUUUCUCAUGGUUGUGCGAGCUUUUAAGCCAUGCUUAUUGCUUCGAAUUUUCGUAGACGAAAUAAAAUGUUUUGUAUAGAGCUGUAUACAA